AUGGCCAUGUUUGCAAGAUAUGGGCCACUUGCACGUCUAAGAACUUUUGGAUCUAUUUCGUGCAAGAAUGGACGUGUCCAAAGCUCGUCGAGGGCGUUUUCGACGCUGUUCAAGCGACCGACUUCCGCAGCUAUGAUAAAACCACGUGAAUUCCCGCAUUUUACGCCCUCUUAUCCGCAUUUCUUUUACCCGAGCACAUUUCGAAUACGGCCCGUCACAUUUACUACCUCGUCGACAACCCAAGGGAGCGUAGCGGAUGCGUCCCUCGAUAGUUUGCCACCGAAUGGGGUUGUAAGGUGGUUGAUGUUAUGCUGUGGCUUGACCUUUGGAGUCAUUGUCGUCGGUGCUGUUACCCGUCUCACCGAGUCUGGGCUCAGCAUCACGGAAUGGAAGCCUGUUACGGGUGUCAUACCACCAAUAGGAAACGAAGCAUGGCAGGCAGAAUUUGAUAAAUACAGACAGACACCAGAAUUCAAAAUAUUGAAUAGCAAGAUGAACGUAGACGAGUUCAAGUCGAUUUAUUAUAUGGAGUGGGGUCACCGUAUCCUCGGACGCGUGAUAGGUCUUGCCUUUGCCGUCCCGUAUGGAUACUACCUCUUCAAGCGGCGCCUUCCUGCACCUUUGGCCGGAAAUUUGGGAGCACUCGGCUUGCUACUUGGUGCACAAGGUGCACUGGGUUGGUACAUGGUCAAAUCCGGUCUCGAUCACCAGACCUUGGUGGAAAACACUCCUAAUCCAGCUCAGGGUAUUGUCCCGCGUGUCAGUCAGUACAGAUUGGCUGCACAUCUGGGCACAGCAUUGCUCUUCUUCUCCGGAGCUUUGCGUACGGCUCUCACUGUUCGCAAGGAUCUGCAAUGGGCAAGUGGAGGCGCUGUGAACGGCGUUGGCGAUCAAUUCGUCUCGCUAUUGCAAGACCCACGAGUCAGGCGGUUCAAAGGAGCCUCCAUAGCCCUCCUUCUUCUCGCUUUCGGAACUGCAGUCUCAGGUGCAUUUGUCGCUGGAUUGGAUGCGGGCUUGAUAUACAACGAGUUUCCCUACAUGGGUGAGGGCCUAGUGCCACCCCAUAAUGAGCUCCUAUCACCUGCAUAUUCUCGAAGAAGCGACCAAGGUGAUCUCUGGUGGAGAAAUAUGCUUGAGAAUCCUGUUACAGCCCAAUUUGAUCACCGUGUCUUAGCAAUGUCGACCUACUUUGGUACAACUGGACUGUACGCAGUUACUCGGCUCACGUCUCUCUCUUCUAUUCUUCCACCACUCACAAGGCACCUGAUCGGUGCUUCCUUUGCUAUGGUCAACAUUCAGGCGGCCCUCGGAAUCACAACGUUACUCUAUCUCGUUCCCGUUCACCUAGCUGCAACUCACCAGGCGGGGAGCGUUUUCCUACUCACAACUCUCAUAGCCCUGGUAACCAGCUUACGAAGACCGUCCAAGUUAGCUUCACUCGUGCGAGCAGCACGUCAACGAGCAGCUCCAAAAGUAAAACCAUCGUAA